GGAGAUCGGCCGGAACCGGAAGGGAGAGGGGAGUAGACAGACGGGGACAGAUCAGAGUCAGGCAUGGCCAUGGCUGCCGCCGGCGACGAGGCGGAGAUGGUCGAGGUGACGCUGCGCGCCGUCGGCCCGUCCCGUCCCACCACCCUUCGCCUCCCUCCGUUUAUCUCGGUUGCCGAUCUGCGCCGCCACAUCGCUCACGACCGACAUCUCCCACAAGACCGCCUCCGCCUGGUCCUGCGAGGAAGGAAUCUCCCGUGCCAAGACGACGCCCAUGUCAACCUCCGCCACGGGGAUAGUCUUAUAGUGGCCGUGGCACCUAAGCCACCUGCUAAUCAUCUCCGUGACGGUGAUGGUGACGAUGACGAUGAUGAAGAGGAAGAGCUGAAGUUCAAAAUACCAGAAACAACCACCUGGUGGAAGAGAAAAUUUUUUAUAUUUCUUCGAGACAAAUUGAGAUUACCUGAUAUCUUGUUGAUGGUGCUAUUUUCUCUGGGUAUCAAAGCAUGGGUUCUUAUCGCUAUGUGGUUCCUUUUUGCACCUAUUGCUCAAAUGUACGACGUUGGACCUUUAUUUAUACUUGGUACAGGCUUCUUGGUCAUUCUUUGUAAUCUUGGAAGACGACAGCAAGGUGAUGUCAGUGCAUACUCCAUAUUUAAUGAAGACUUCCGGGAGCUACCAGGAACGCUUAACGCGGAGCGCAUCGAUAGAGACAUUCGGGCAGGCCAAUUUUGAGCCCGAAAUCUGAUUUACUGGGACGAUGGGCUUAAUGGGAUUUGUACAGAAGGAUAGUGACUCUUCUUUGGUUCUGAUCCUUUGUACCUGGAAAGACUUUUGAAAGAGGCCCUUAGCAGUGUGAAUUUACAUGUGUACUUCACAGAUGGCCAGCAUUAAGGUUGAAUGGUUGAGAUGCAAUAUGAGUGAGGUUUGAAAGGAGGGAUGCACACAUACAUUUACUAAUAGAUCAGAUAAAUCAAACCGAGUCAAUAGAAGCGCACGUAUGUAUGUCAUGUAGGAGUAUAGGUGAGAUUUCAAUCUACAUCAGGAAUUCAUGAAGUAAAUGUAUAUUACCCAUCAUGCGUUAACAUAAAUAUCAGAUAUUCAGAUCCCGCUGUAUGUACAUUUGCCUUGCAUGAUAAA